UAGAUGGGUGGAUUAUUGAUUCAAGAAAUUUGUUACGGGGUAAAAACUAGGGUGCAAGUAAUUUAGGGUAGGGCAAGUCAGCUCAGGUUUUUUAAAUAACUUAAAUUCCUCUGCGUGAAAACGCUGGAAGCCCCUUGGCUCACGGUUUAUCGACUUCACGUCCUCUAGAGAUCUGGACUUAUCGGCAGAGAUAAAACGCACUGGAAAUGUAAAUAGGCGAAUACGGGUCAGGUGCAUUACUUCACUACGUAUCUACGCUCGCGACGUACUUUUGCCAUUCACAGAAAGAUACGCACUUAACGUCGAACGUUUUUUAGAGGAACAGGUUUGGACGCCAGACCAUUACUGUCUUGAGACCAGAAUAAGAAGAUGCUGCUUCAGGUGGGUGGAAAGCGUACUGCCAUUGGUCUGUUGGCCAUCAGGAGGGCGUGGUGUGUGACCCGCUCUGCCUACACUGCACCGCGGACAGUGGAGUACAAGCCCAUCAAAAAGGUCAUGGUAGCCAACAGAGGAGAGAUUGCCAUUCGGGUGUUUCGGGCAUGCACAGAGUUGGGAAUUCGCACAGUGGCUGUCUACUCUGAGCAGGACACCGGCCAGAUGCACAGACAAAAGGCAGAUGAAGCUUACCUCAUAGGAAAGGGGCUGCCACCUGUAGCAGCCUACCUGCACAUACCAGACAUCAUCAAAGUGGCAAAGGAGAAUAAUGUGGAUGCCAUCCAUCCAGGCUAUGGCUUCCUUUCAGAAAGAGCAGAUUUUGCCCAGGCUUGUGUUGAUGCUGGGGUACGUUUUAUUGGCCCCAACCCAGAGGUGGUGCGCAAGAUGGGGGACAAAGUUGAGGCCCGUGCCAUUGCCACGAGUGCAGGUGUGCCAGUUGUACCUGGAACAGAUGGUCCCAUUUCGUCUUUGCAGCAAGCUCAAGAGUUCUCCAACACCUAUGGUUUCCCAAUCAUCUUUAAGGCCGCAUAUGGGGGAGGAGGCCGUGGAAUGCGGGUGGUUAGGGAGUAUGAGGAACUGGAAGAGAACUAUCAGCGAGCGUACUCUGAGGCCCUAGCAGCCUUUGGCAAUGGAGCUCUGUUUGUGGAGAAAUUCAUUGAGAAACCCAGACAUAUCGAGGUGCAGAUCCUGGGCGAUAAAUACGGCAAUGUCAUUCACCUGUACGAGAGGGACUGCUCCAUCCAGAGGAGACACCAGAAGGUGGUGGAGAUUGCCCCGGCCUCACAACUCGACCAACACCUUAGAGACCGACUGACUGCUGACUCUGUUAACCUCGCCCGACAGGUGGGUUAUGAGAAUGCUGGCACUGUUGAGUUCCUGGUGGAUAAACAUGGUAAACAUUACUUCAUUGAGGUCAACUCCCGUCUGCAGGUGGAGCACACUGUAACAGAGGAGAUCACAGAUGUGGAUCUGGUACACGCUCAGCUACGAGUGUGUGAAGGUCGUAGUCUGCCAGAGCUGGGCCUGAGACAAGACAAGAUACGGAUCAAUGGCUACGCCAUCCAGUGCCGUGUGACCACUGAGGACCCAGCACGUGGCUUCCAGCCCGACACAGGAAGACUCGAGGUAUUCCGCAGUGGAGAAGGCAUGGGCAUAAGGCUGGACAGUGCCUCUGCCUUCCAGGGUGCUAUCAUCUCCCCUCAUUACGACUCACUCCUGGUUAAAGUCAUUGCCAGUGGAAAGGACCUGCCAGCUGCCUCUGCCAAAAUGAGCCGAGCAUUAGCAGAGUUCCGCGUCCGUGGAGUUAAGACAAACAUCCCCUUCCUCCAGAAUGUUUUGAGUAAUAAUCAGUUCCUGAAUGGGACAGUAGACACUCAGUUCAUCGACGAGAAUCCAGAACUCUUCAAUCUCAAACCGGUGCAGAACAGAGCCCAGAAAUUGCUUCACUACCUGGGGCAUGUUAUGGUGAACGGCCCAACUACUCCGAUACCUGUCAAGGCUAAGCCUUCCUCCAUCGAUCCGGUCAUCCCAACAGUUCCUCUCGGUGAGCCACCAGUGGGUUUCAGAGAUGUGUUACUUAGAGAGGGUCCAGAUGGUUUUGCAAAGGCGGUGCGUGCCCACCAGGGUCUGCUUCUUAUGGACACCACGUUCAGAGACGCCCACCAGUCCCUCUUGGCCACUCGUGUACGCACUCACGACCUUAAGCGCAUUGCGCCGUUUGUGGGUCACAGCUUCAGCAAUCUCUUCAGCGUGGAAAACUGGGGAGGCGCUACUUUUGAUGUGGCAAUGCGUUUCCUGUGUGAGUGCCCUUGGAAGAGGCUGCAAGAGUUAAGGGCUCUGAUGCCAAACAUACCUUUCCAGAUGCUUCUGAGAGGUGCCAACGCUGUUGGAUACACCAACUACCCUGACAAUGCAGUCUACAAGUUCUGUGAGGUGGCGAAAGAAAACGGUAUGGACAUCUUCCGUGUUUUUGACUCUUUGAACUACGUACCUAACAUGCUCUUGGGGAUGGAAGCAGCAGGAGCAGCCGGUGGAGUGGUGGAAGCGGCUAUCUCAUACACUGGAGAUGUCUCUGACCCCACAAGACAAAAAUACACCUUAGACUAUUAUCUUAAACUAGCAGAUGAGCUGGUUAAGGCUGGAACACACAUUCUUUGUAUCAAGGACAUGGCGGGUCUGCUGAAGCCUGAUUCUGGCCGUUUGCUGGUCAGUGCAUUGAGAGACCGCUUCCCUGACAUGCCGAUCCAUGUGCACACUCACGACACCGCAGGGGCCGGAGUGGCCGCCAUGCUGGCGUGCGCAGAGGCCGGAGCUGACAUUGUGGAUGUGGCGGUUGACUCCAUGGCAGGAAUGACAUCCCAACCCAGCAUGGGUGCCAUUGUGGCUUGUGCCAAAGGCACCAAACUUAAUACUGGAAUCUCUCUUGAGAAGGUUUUUGACUACAGUGAGUAUUGGGAGGUGACCCGAGGCCUUUAUGCACCAUUUGACUGCACAGCCACCAUGAAGUCUGGGAAUGCAGAUGUUUAUGAGAACGAGAUCCCGGGAGGCCAGUACACCAACCUUCACUUCCAAGCUCACAGUAUGGGGCUGGGAAAUAAGUUUAAGGAGGUGAAGAAAGCCUACGCAGAAGCCAACAAGCUCCUCGGUGACCUCAUAAAAGUUACACCCUCCUCUAAGAUUGUGGGCGAUCUGGCACAGUUCAUGGUGCAGAACUCACUGAGUCGGGCAGAGGUGGAGGAGAGAGCAGAUGAGCUCUCAUUCCCCCUCUCCGUGGUUGAGUUCCUGCAAGGGCACAUCGGCAUCCCCCACGGAGGCUUCCCGGAACCUUUCAGGUCAAAGGUUUUGAAGUCUCUUCCUCGUGUGGAGGGACGUCCUGGAGCCUCCCUUCCCUUGCUGGAUUUCCAGGCCUUAGAGAAGCAACUACGAGAGACACACGGUGAUGAAAUCACCCCAGAGGAUGUGAUGUCAGCAGCCAUGUACCCCAAAGUGUUCCAGGAGUUCAAAGAGUUCACUAAAUCCUUUGGGCCGGUGGACUGUCUCAACACCAGACUUUUCCUGGAUGGACCUAAGAUAGCUGAAGAAUUUGAGGUGGAGUUGGAGAGAGGUAAGAUACUCCACAUCAAGGCUCUGGCUCUUGGAGACCUGAAUAAAGCCGGCCAGAGAGAGGUGUUCUUCGAACUCAAUGGUCAGCUGAGAUCUGUCCUUGUCAAGGACACUGUGGCCAUGAAGGAGAUGCAUUUUCACCCUAAAGCCCUGAAGGAUGUUCGUGGGCAGAUUGGAGCUCCUAUGCCUGGUAAAGUGGUGGAGGUUAAGGUGAAAAAGGGCCAGCAGGUGGAGAAAGGACAGCCACUCUGCGUCCUCAGUGCCAUGAAGAUGGAAACGGUGGUUAACUCUCCACUCUCUGGCACCAUAGCCAAGGUGUACGUGACAACCGACCGCACACUGGAAGGAGAUGAUCUUAUUCUGGAGAUCAAUGAGUAGAUAUCUUGAAGGCCAAGAGUGGGAAUGACACAUCACCUCUGUCAAUCCCUACCAGGCUGAACACACUCUCACACACACACACAAACACACACAAAACACAGUUAUAUAAGGAGACAGACACCUUUUCAAUGUCAAUCUGUCUAUAUCUGAAAAUGUGUUUUCAUGCUUGAAUUUGCUGACUUUAGUGUCAUAUGUGCUUAUUUGUUAGUGUUUAUCAAUGUUUAAUUCGUAUUAAUAAAUGUAGUUUACAACUGAAAGAGUUGCUCUGAAAAUAGAACAAGCAAUAAAGUAAUGACAAAAUGAGUCUAAAUUAGAUGUAUUCAUAGUCAUGUUAAUCUUGCACUAGUAUGAUUGGUCAUAAUCAUUUACGUAAACUCAAAGCUCUACAAAUUAGUUUACCAGAAAUAACUAAACUCACAAAUUAUCUUAAAAUAUUAUCAGAUUUAAUGCACAGUGCCUCCUUUACUAGAGCACCAAUUGCAUACAGAUAUUCCAUUGAAUCUUAACACAGAGUAGCUUACUUGAAAUAUAUACAAAAUUUAAUUUUUUAAGACAAGCUGCAUUGUCAUACAGUAUAUAUCCAAUGUUUUGACCAAUGGCCUUGUUUACUUUGUUGGGGCAAAAAAAUAGAUUUAGUCUCCGGAGUCUUAGACUUGAGUGCAUCUCAUCCAAAGGUGGAGUUGUGACCCAAGUGGUUCGGGCUGAAGUGAGCUCCAUAGAGGCCAAUGAGGAUCGAUGACUCUGUUCAAGAGCACUUAUAAACUCCAUGACGGAAUUUUCCCAGGGCUCGUCUCAUGCUCGUUGUUUCAAUUCCUCCAUUAAUGUACAUUUUGGUAAUGUCAUUGUCCUGUUACGUUCCCCUAAGCAGCAGAUGCCUCUUGGCUGCUAUAGUGGCACAAAUAUCUGUAUUCUACAGCUUUCUCUUUUUCGCCUUGUUUAACACAUCACUGACCGCAGGGACGUUUCAUUUGACGUGAUAUCAUUUGUAAUUGAUAAUGAGAGGUUUGACUCAAUAGCCUAAGUAAUUGAAAGCACUCAGCCUGAAAUCUACAAGAUGUUGUUGUGACAAAAUAAGUCCAUUGGGUAACUUCUCGACUUUUGAGUAGACCAAUUCUUCACUAAGGACCAAUAGCUUAAAAUUUGGAUAUUCACUCAUCAUUUAUUAUAACAUCCCAAUUGGAAGAGUAAAGCUGUGUAUAUGAUUAUACAUGAACACAUGCCCAUAAAUGUGAUGUUUUUCCUUCAACUGGAUACUGACAUGGAGCUAAAGGUGUUUAGAAAAAGCUCCUCAACCUCUUAUUACCUGUGAAUGGAUCUAGUAAGCACAGACCAUAUCAUAUUCACCACCAUCAUUUGCAAGUUUGUUCUUCUGUGUUUGAUGCAACCUGACAGCAAGUACAUCUGUUUACAUGAGUAGCAAGAACAGAGACUAAACUUAAUCAUGACAGGCACAAAACAUUUGUAGGGUGCAGUGCAGGGAGAGGAAGUAUUUAUUAUUUUUUUUUUUACUUUAUAUGCUUCCAAUAUCUGUGUGUGGGUCACUAGUGGGUGAGUCUGAAAAGCUCUGGAGAACCCAUCAAUGAUAUCAGCUGAGACGGCACAAUCAUACCUUUUGGCUUGUCCAGGGAAACCUCACUGCUGUUCUGUAAGUGUUUUUGUGCCGAGAAGUGGUUCAAGCCUGGUUUUGUUAAUGCAGCCAAUACAACAAUGCAGUAUUAUAUCAAAGUUAUUGUUAAAUGGGUCAUCCACGGUCUUAAUAUAGCAUUGAGUAUUGUAUGUAUUUGAUGCACAGGUACUUGUCUGUAGAUUUUGCUCUCCCCUUUGGCACAAUGUUAAUUCAAACUGUUGAAAUUUACAGGGUAAAAUAGUUCUGCUUUGUUAGAUUAAAUAACGAUAUUUGAAAUCGGGAAUGUUUUGAGGAGAACUGGAACUAAUCUGUAUGACAUGUUGGAUAUGAUGCCUUUCAAUAGCAUUUAUUAUCUUUCCUUUUGAAUGUGUUUUUUCUGUGAAGUUCAUCUCUUUCCAUCUGCUUUGAUAAUGAAAAUUAUAACAUAUGCAAAUACUAAUUCACCAUAACCUUAUGUUCUUUUAUCAUAGAAAAAUGUUGGGGGGGUGAAUAAAUAUAUAAAUAAAAGGAGCAUA